GUGAAGGGCCUUUCCGCAUGUGUCGCUUGUCAAGCGGCCUUCAUGUGAAGUUGUGGAGUCAUACAUCGUCAUCGACCUCAGCCGGCUGCUCGACAGCCUAGUGUGGUUUGGGGGGUGCACCAUCCGAGGUGCCCAAGAGGGCAUAUGCAGUGGGCUGCUAUUAGCUCGUCUAGGUGUCUACUGAUGAAGCAUCUCAAAGGUACAAGGCGCCAUUAACGGAUAGUUAGCGUCCUCCUGUCACGAGUCUUGUUGGUGCCGACCUCCGUUUUGACGUCAGCUAUUAAACAGCCUUUUCCACUUUCGUCCUUGUGCAGCACAGUGGGGGCACUCUGGCCGGCAGACAGACAACGAGAGGCGUGCCCAGAACCUGGGGCACUACCCUGGGACAUGCCCUCGCAGCACUUGGCAUGGUGGCAACGUGUCGAUGGGAGAGAUCUAGGCGCUCGCAUCGAGAUGAGAUCGUGUCGUGGAUCGAUUCGAAGAUGGAUUGCUGAAAUCCUGAUUCAGGGUGGUAAUGUUGCCAACCGAGGACCUUGUGCCAAACCUCGAGGGACGCAGUAUGUCGGUCGAAAGUGGCUUGCGCAGGUUGGGACACGUUUGCCAACGCCUGUCUUGGUUGCGAACUGGGCGCGAAUGACUUGUGAUGCCAAGGCAUGUGGUUAUCACAUACCGGCACAAGUCAGGCAUCUCAUUGCGUAUUCGGGUCCCGCGGUCGAAGCGGCUUUUGUCGCAAGGAAUGGCUCGCUACGCAACCCCAAAAAUGGCAUGGUGAAGGGAAGGGGUAACGGCCGUGCGGGACGCCAAAGGAGAACAUGUCACCAGCUGAAUCAAGCAGACUCCUGGGUUGGCGGGAUGUUCCAUCUGUCUUGCCGCACCGAUCCUCGGCCCCUCUCCCGCACGGCAUCACCCACGAACCAUUUACUCACAUCACCGGGUAGCUUGGAUUAUGCUACGCCUCCUCCAUACUUCCGAAGAUUUUCGGGUUGAUCUCGGGACUCAGAUCUGGGCGACAGAGAAUGAUAUAGAAAGGCGAGCCCACUGGCAUGAAGCAACACGUAUAUCCCGCUGG